AUGUCUUUGAAGAUGUACGCCUCUUCCGCUGUCCGCGCCCGACUGGCCACCGUCGCUGCCCGUCGUGGCUUCUCCACCACUCGCGCCCAGCUCGGCAGCCCCUACCACUACGCUGAGGGCCCUCGCACCAACAUUCCCUUCAAUCCUCUGACCAAGCACUUCUUCUGGCGCUACUGGGCCUUCAUGGUUACCGGUUUCGGUGCCCCCUUCGCCAUUGCUGUCUGGCAAACCUACAAGACCAAAUAA